CCGGUAUCAGAAAAAAAAAAAACGAUACCCAACCCUACUUAGCAUUAGCUAUUCUAGAAUUUGGGACCAGUGUUUACUCAACUGUAUUUAUGUCAAUAUUAAAUUACUACUAAACCUGUUGCAAAUCUCAGCAAAUACACUGAAUAUAGGAAGGUUUACAAGUUGUAGGAUCAAACUGUUUUUGUAUAUAGCCUAUGUUGGUACUUGGUCACGUUAAUCACAGUGUUGGUGACAAAUGUCACCUCUAGUUUUAUAGUGCUGUAUGUAAGCAUGUAGACAGUUUCCGCUGUGUUUGCCCUCUGGUUUGAAGUAUCUCCGAUCUGUACCCACGGCACCCGCCUUAAUACAAUGGUUGUAAAUGGAAUUUCGUUUGAGCUUUUAAAAGCAAUAAAAAUGCAUCUUUAAAAUGAAAUAAACAUAAUGAACCUUGAAUUCCAAUGAUAGCUUUUGGCCGCAUGUAAAAAUUUAAAAUGGCACCAAAUGUUGGUACACUAACUUAAUUAUUUUGUCUUUUUACAGUUCCUCUGAAGCAAAGAAAUGAAUAUCUUUCCAUCUAUCCAACUAUCCACACAGGUGCAGGUCACAGCCCCCCUAACAGAAACACAUCCUAUAAUAAGGUGCAUUAUAAACAACAACCUCAACAAGCUAAAAAAAUUACUUAAAAAAAAACAUCUUAAUCAAGUUUACCCCUGCAGAGAGUGGAAUGACUGUAUAACUCCACUGAUUGCUGCUGUUGUAAAUCACAAUAGGAAUAUUCUUACUUUCCUUUUGCAUCAGGGUGCAGACCCAAACCAGGCUUCCCAAAAUGUCUGGACACCUUUGCAUUAUGUCUCACUAUCCAAAGCACCACUUUAUUUUGUGGAGAAACUACUUGAAGCAAAAGCUAAUCCAAACGGAUACAAUCCCAUAUUCACACCGCUGCAAGCUGCCAUCAAAGACAGGGAGGAUGUUCUGAAAGUGCUCAUCUCUGCCGGUGCACUGGUAACUUUGUUACCUCUCCCUGAUCCUGAACAAAAAAAAUUAUCUCAGAUAAUUCAUGAACUUGCAUUAAAAGGAGACAAAUUGUGCUCCAAACUCAGCUAUUUCCUGGAUAUGGAAAUUGCUGUGCGAGAGAAACCACCUGAAGAAGUGUUGAAAACCUUUGACAGCCACAUGCUGCUCGAGGAUCCUCAGACCCAUCUGACCAUGAUCGAAAUUCUCUUUACUGUUACUGGGCCAGGUAAUGAAAAAUACAGCCAGGGAAGUAUCAAAUGGUUGAAGGACACAAAAAAUGUGAACACAUAUAUUACAGGUGCAGUCAGUCGCUUUCCAAACAUCCCUGAGAGAGAUGUAAAGAGAGCAAUAGAUAGUUUGCAUGCAGUUUUCUGCACAAUGGAAGACAUACUAAAUGAGCAAGCAUUAGCUAUAAUCCCCCAACUACUGGACCGGCUUUCCUCCAAAGAUAGACCUGAUAUAUGGCAAGCUGUUCUGCAAACUCUAUAUGUGAUAACACAGAAAACAAAGUGCACAUAUGGCUGGGAUCCUGACUUUCUCGAGAAGUUAUGCAAAACAGUUGCUACUUUUGCAAAGGGCCAACAUUCUUCUGACAUUAGAGUCUACACAUAUGGUGUAUUUGCAAACUUACUUUCAGUUGAACAGGCAGCUUCCAUCUUUACAUCAGUGGGGAUAACUUCGGUGCCUGAGGACACACUAGCAUUUGCAGAUAUGAAAAUGAAUGACAAGCUGAAAGAAGUUCUCAGACGACUGAAAAAUCAUUUCAGCGAACCAGACAUGGAAUGGGAAAGCUCUACAAUCUUACCUGGAUCCAAGAAAAAGAAGAAAAAGAAGAAGAGAAAGAAGGAAAAGCAAGAAGACCCGAACAAUGAUGUUUGCACUGCUGCAACUGAUCUAACAGCAGCUCCUGUUAUGGAGUCAACUUCAAAUGUGGUGCCCUUCCACUUCAACCCUUCUGUAUCAUCAAUAAAACACAAAUGGCUACAAAUAAGCAAGAGGUGGAGAGGAAAAUUAGACAAGCUUCUGAGCACUGAUGAAAGUAAAGUAACCAGAAUUGGGAGCAUGAUUUAUGUGAAUGAUGCAGAAUUCCGCAUAGCGCAGGGAAGUGAUGGUACUGAAGUCUUCUUGGGGCUGAGAGCUGACGGCACUGAAGUUGCUAUUAAGAGAAUGACUAAAUGCAACUAUCAAGUGCUGAAGAAUGAGGAAGGAUUUCUUCGACUUCCAGAGCUUGAUAAUCCAUCUAUUGUACGAUAUGUUGAUGCUGCGGAGGAUGAGAACUUUGGAUAUCUUGGUCUUCAACUUUGUGAAUACACCUUGGAAGAGCACAUCAGAAAUAAUGAUCGGAGUCUGCUGAUAAAAAAACUUGUCUAUCAGGUUCUGGAGAGUUUAAGGGUGCUUCACUGUCAAAAUCCUCCAAUUCUCCACCGGGAUCUCAAACCACAGAAUGUCUUGAUCGAUGUUAAAGGGAGGGCGAGAUUAGCUGAUUUUGGCAUAAGCCGAAGGUUGCCCAAAGGCCAAACAACUUAUCGCACAGGAAGUGCGGGAACAAAAUGCUGGAUGGCCAAGGAGACUUUAGCAGACGAUGAUGGCACUAAAAUUCCAUACAAGUCGAACACUGAUGUACAGGUGGCAGGUAUGCUCAGUUAUUAUAUCCUCUCUGGGGGACACCAUCCUUUCGGUGACAAAUCCUCUAAAUGUGAGAACAACAUUGAUGAAGGGAGGUACAGUUUGGACCAUGUUGAAGAUGUGGUGGCAAAGGAUCUCAUUGAGUGGAUGAUCAGUGAAGAACCAAUGAACAGACCUAAAGUGGAAGAAUGCUUAAAUCAUCCCUUCUUCUGGACCCCUGAAAGGAGAGUUGAAUACUUGAGAAGGACUGGCAACAGGGAUGAGGUGGCAAACUGUCGAAAUGCUGACACAGAACUGGUUUGUUCAUUGGAAGAAUGUGCUGGGGAUGGAUCCUUCAAACAGUGGAAAAAUAAGUUUUCAACAGAGUUGGUCCAGAAGAUGGAUGGCAAGAAAAAAGUGUACCCUGACAACACACUGGGAUUACUGCGCUUCAUACGAAACCUCCAUGAGCACUAUGCCGAGGAUGCAGCCCAGGUUGAUAUAAUGAAAAUAUUUCCUGAUCUCUUUGGAUGUGUUUACAAGUUUGCCAAGACCAAAGGGUGGAAUUCGCAGACACCCUUGAAGGAAAUGUUCCAAAGAGAAGACAUCACCCCCAGCUUUAACAUGCUGUCCAUAAACCCUGAGGAGCAUCUGGGUAUCCCAGUUCAAGAGUCUCAAACCAGUGACUUUGAAUUUGAAUUCAAAAAGGAUUAGGGACUUCAAAAAUGACUUUAAAGUUUAACAAACAGUCAGAGAAAAAAGCACAAGUAAUUAUGUUGUAAUACAGUAGUUUUAAUAGUUAUAGUGUCUAUGCCCCAAAGCAAGACUAGAGCAACAUUAGGCAUCAAGACUGCACAAACAUUAAGUCCAAUAGGUCUUGUUUUACAUCUGAAAUCGCCAAACUUAUCAUAAAAGAAAAAAAUGUGUAAAUAAUAACUUAACAACAACACACUCUGUUAUAUUCCAAUGUCUCGGUAAGUCAUGACAGUGUGAUAGCGAGUCAGCAUAAACAAUUCCACGUACCUGAAACUGAAGCAGCUAAAUGAAAUUCAGCCAUCAUUUAUUUUUAUAUACAUCUGUGCUUUUCCUUCUGUGUCUAAAUGUCCUCUGUAAAAUAAGCCUGUAAGAUGUUGCAUGUGUUGGAUAUAGUAACUUUUUUUCAAAGGCAAACGUAACAGUAAGUAGAUUAGAGGAUACAGUGCUGUAGUCAUUUCUAAGGGACUUUCUCUUCACUUUUUUUUCAUUUUGUAAGAUUUUAUACUUUUACUUGACCAUUAUCCUUAUAUGGAACUAUUCUACUUUUAUUUAGCUACAUUUAUCUGAUGGCUGUAGUUGCAAGGUAAUUUACAUGUUUUCACAGAUUGAUGAAUCAAUAUUACCUAAAAAAAAGACCCUGAAAUGAAAAUACUUAACUACUUGUACUUUUGAUAAAUUUUUUUAUAUUUUAUUGCUGAUAUAACUUUACACUACAGUCCUUUAAAAAAAAAUAUAUAUUUUAAAUUUUUUAUUCUUGUAUAUUUCCAUGAUAUUGUUACAUUACGUGGGGGUAAAUGAAUGACCGUUAACUAUAAUACCAAAUCCUAAGCUGGUUUCUUUCACAAAUAACAGAGGUAGGUCAAGCUGUGUUUUGAGUCAUUUUAGUUUCUUGAGCUGACUGUCUCAUUGGUCUGUUAUCAGCCUCAGAGGUUCUACAAUUUCAGAAGGGUUUUGAGACGAAUAAAGAUGUUGGGUAUUCAUUCUGUUUUGUGAAAAUACAAAAUGUACAUAAAACAAGGACUGCAGUAUUAUUACAGUGUAUCACACAAAAGUCAGCAGAAACGAUGGCAAGCAUCUUAUUUUUUUUAUUGAAUUCAAUGGUAUUGCAAAUGUGCAUAACAAUGGAAUAUGUAAGCUUUAUGACAGAUAAAGAUUCUCUUUUCAUUAUUUUUGUUUUAGACAUAUUGGAUGUUAUCCUCAACGUAUACUGUAAAUUUCAACUUGAUCAUCUGAAUAAAUAUUUUGAAAAUAUGA